CACUGUUCUUAGUAAAAAAGUUAAGAAGUGUCGUGAUAUUUCUAGUGUAUUGCAUCUAAUUCAAAAUGAGUGUUCACUGACUAAUAUUGCACUUCUUCAUAGUGUAGUGGAGGAAAUGAAAGUCAGUGAGGCUGAGGAGCACAUUAAGACUUAUAGAACAGAGUUAGAGGAAUUCUGCAAGUCGCUCUCUAUCAGUCUUUGUUUAAAGGAAAGAUUUGCUUUAAUCCCUCAUCUUGAAUGUGAAACGGUUACUUUUAUCUUUGACUGGAAGCCAGAGGAACAUGUACUGAAGGAUAUCUUGGAGCUCCUUGCAAAAGUGUCUGGUAAAUUGCUAAAGAUUGACUAUAUAAAACGAAGUACUUCAAUAUCUGUCACUUGCUCCUUUCCUUUCUCUGAUGUUGGGUUUACUGUAUUGAGGAUGAUAGAGAAUAUUCAUUUACUAAUGGGACAAGGAUUAAAGAAACUGACUAUUGGUAACUUAAAAUUGUGGAGUAGACAAGACGUUAGACGAAAGGAACUAAAAGAAAAGGACCAAGGCUCACUACAAUAUACUGAUGUAAUUUCUCAUAUUAUACUUGAAGAAGCUGAAUAUAGACUAAGAGAUGUUAUCAAUAGUCAAGAGAUGGAAGCAAUUGAAUUGAAGCAAGAAAUAUUAGUCGCUCAAGUAUCUGAGGAAGAAUCAUUGUCUGUUCAAAGUGAUACUGAAUCAAUUAAAGAAGUUGAGGAAGAACCACUUUAUGAAGAGUUGACUGUAUUGAGCUCUCAGUUUAAUGAGAUACAAAAAGAAAACAAAGAAUUGUCAGACAACUUAUCAAAAAUGAAGGUUGAUUAUUUGAGAUCACUUUCUAGUAAUACUGAUUCAGCUGCUAGCAAAGUGAGAAGAGGAAUGUCUCUUGAAAUUGAUGACUGCAAAUGCUGUCUUGAAGCAAUGACAAGACCAGACUAUCAGCCAUUAGUAGAUAAUAAAAGAAUAAUAGAGAAAUUACAAGAAAGAAUAACAUUAAUAAAUAUGGAACUAAUUACUGCAAGGAAACACAAUGAGAAGAUUCUAGAAGAUAUUGAAGAUUUUGAAGGUGAUGAGUCUGAAAUUGAUGAGAUUGAGCAUGAUAGUCUAAGUGAUGAAGAGGAUCAAAUUUGUACAUUCAUAUUAUAUUGUAACCAUCCUGUUACUGGUGAAUUAACCAGUGCACUGUUUCAAGUACGUAAAGAUGAAUUAUUGCCCAUAGUACUGGAUAAAGCUUAUAAGUUAAUGAAAUCACAUCUAGCUCCUCAUAUUCCUAUUGAGAGAUGUCGUUUGGUUAAAUAUAAUUUAUUUAGUGAAGUUAUGGAUCAGUCCUUUGAUCUUGAUGUGUUUCAGCAUCAAACUAUUGGACAGCUUAUGGGUAUGGCUAGAUACUGUGGAUUAUUCCUAGAAACUUGUAAAGAAAAUGAAAGCUUUAAGAAAUACAAUGAUGGAGGUAUUAACCUAACGAUAUCAGUAGUCGAUCUGUCAACUGCUGAAGUAGGGCCAGCUAAACCAGUGAGAGCUGAAGAAGGUUGGACUGUUGGAGAAUUUAAACAACAUAUAGGAGAAUUAUGUAAUCUCAAAUCAUGGUGUAUGAGGUUACUUGUUGGAGCUCACUUAGUCCAGAAUUUAGUGCAUUUAGAAGAAGAUGUCAAAAUAAGUUCCUUAAAGGAAGUAUUUGUUGAAAGAGACAGACAGCAACUUGUACCAACAUUCUAUGUAUCAUCAGAUCCUGAAGAUUAUCAAAAUAAAUUCAAAGAUAGUUUGAUGUACUUUUGUCUUGAUUUUCACCUCAACUCAGUGCUACUGAACAUUACAAUACCUCCUCAAUCUGAAGGCACUCGCACUACAACUGAUGUAAUUAGAGGAGAAACAAUGAUGAAAAUUAUAUCAAUGAAUAAAGAGAAUAAAGAAAAAGAAAGAAAGAUAAAGGUACAAGUUGAUGGGAGAAUAACAUUAGCUCAAUUGAAGGAGAAGUUAAUUGCACUGAUUGGUGUACCACCUACUGGUUUUAGAGUGUAUAGAAUCAGUGAUUAUAAAGAGUAUGACAUGGAGAAACUGGAUGAGAAAUUAAUGAAUAUGCAUUCUGGAACAGAGUUGAUAGUAAGACUAGUAGGAGGAGCAUUACCGGAAAAUAAGUACAGGAUUAACUUAUAUUUAUUACAAGUCAAUAGUGCUGAGUUUUGUAAGUUUAUGAUGGAGUCUGUUGUUGCUGUGGGUACACCAGUGAGAGAAUUUAAGAGACAAAUUAUUGAAGAAGCAAAAGUACAAGGAAUUGACUGUGUCCUUGAAUUAGACAAAAUGAGAUUACGUGAAAAAAAAGGAGCAUCUCCUGAUACAGUAUAUCUUAAUCAUGAGUUGAUUGUUUAUCCUAGUCAGGAAAUAUAUGUGGAACCUUUGAAAGGACCAGAGAAAAAAUGGCAGAAAAAACAGAGACAGGUAUAUGUUAUAAGAUGGCGUCCAUCACAAUGUUCAGUUGAUCCAAUAGAAGAAAUUAUACUGGAUAAUGAUUAUCAUUAUUCUGAAGAGCUGUCAGAGUUAAGUGGAGUUCCUGCUGAGUAUAUCUCUUAUGCAGAGGGUUCAAUGGUGUUUCCAGUUAGCAUAUCAUGCCUUGAUAUUGAGAAUAAGUUAAAAUGGGACUAUUCACCUAGACAGAUGCACUUAUUAUAUGAUGGAUGUGUCAUAUAUUACAAAAACAACAGAGAGAAAAUGAAAAGUUUAACAGUUGAGGAGAGAACAGAAAUACAAAAGGCAGAGGAGGCAAGGUUGAAGAGAAUUAAUGAAUAUUUGGAAGCAUUAUAUCGUGUUAGGACUGUAUCAUGUUAGGAUGGUAUCAUUUUAGUACUGACUGAAUUAAAUUGGUUUUUUAAUUUUAUACAUGUGGUUAUGUAUUCGUUUUUUGUUUAUAUUAUUAAAUAUUAUUAUUAUUAUAUAGAUCUAAUUAUGUAAGAUAAUUUAUUGGUUUUGCUUUGUUAAAAAUUAUAUUUAUUGUAGGGCUCAAUUUUUAUGGUAGAAUAUUUAAAA